AUGGUUAUAAGUAUACCAGAGGAAAAAACCAUUGCACUUAAGGAAUCUAUUGGAACAAUUUUGGCUAAAUCCAAAAUAACAUUAAAAGAUCUACAAUCCUUAGUUGGUUCUUUGAAUUUUUGCGCCAAAGCCAUUGCCUCAGCCCGUGCCUUUAAUCGCCGUUUCUGCGAUGCCAUGUGUGGUAUUAGACAUCCGUCUCAUUUUAUAAGGGUCAAUGCUGGUAUGAAGAGCGACCUACGGGUCAAGAAAAAAGUAUAUGGUUCAUCCAUUAUCAAGCGGGCAUUCCAACGAGCAAGCCUCUCAACUGAAAAAUCACAUCUGGGACUUAGACGUCUAAAUUAUCACAUCCUUUGGCAGGGCAAGGGUGGUCUAACUUGGAAAAAAUUGUUCCCUCGCAUUCAGUUACUAAGGAGGUUUGAAUCAUUGCCUGAAAUUUUAAUAAUUCACUGUGGGGGUAAUGAUAUUGGUAAUGUGCCUUUACUCGAACUUCGAUUGAGGAUGAAAGAAACAUUUCAAAGGAUUUGGUCUGAGCUUCCAAACACCCUCCUUGGUUGGUCUCAUAUUCUUCCAAGAUUUUCAUGGCGUUACAGUAAAAAUGUUAAAUCUCAAAAUAUUGCAGUCAGAAGAAUUAACAGUUUUAUGAGCAAAUUGUUCGUUGUGAACAAUGGUUUCUAUAUCAGCUAUCCCGAGAUAUCUUGGGAUUCUAGUGGAUUGUUUGUUAACGAUGGAGUUCGUCUAUCUGAACUUGGCAAUGACUUACUAUUAUUCAAUUUACAAAGUAAGCUGCAACAAGUUUGCUCUUUCAAUGGUGAACGUAGGACACGGUCGAUGUAA